ACUCUCUAGUUAUAAGCCCAGCUGGGUCCUUACCUCAUCUCUGUUUAGCAAUGAGAAAAGAAAAUGAGAAACAGUGGUGGAUAGCUGAGGGGGCUUGCAGGGCAAAAAGGACAGGCAGUAAUGCACCAGGGCAUGGAUUAGGGUUAGGGCUGUUUACUCUUAAGGAAGCUGUAGAACAAUACAUGGCCAUUCCAAGUGAGAGCUUUGAUCCCCGAGGGAGUUCCACUGAUUAGGAUUCCAUCUGGCAGGUAAGAGGACAUCAACUGGUAUAGGAGUAAGGAGUUGGGAAGUUUUCUUUUUCUCAUGGAACACAAAGUCUCAGUAGCAAGGCUGGGACUACGAUGAUGUCACCCAGAUGCCAUCAGGUGUCCAGGCUUCCUUCUGUUUUUCAGUUUAGUGUCCACCCUCAAGCUGGUCACUGCGUGUUCCCAAAAAACGGCUGCUCGCCAUAGGAUCUCCUAGUAGUUUCAGGCAGGAAGGGAGCCGAGACCGUUUCCUUUCAAGACCUUUCUGGAAUUUGUUUAAACUUUAUUGGUCAGAAUCCAGGGCCACCCAUCUACAAGAGAAGCCAAGUGUGUUCCUGACACAAAUAAACAUGGAUUCUGUUAGAAGGAAGAUCAGAUAUUUGGUAGGCAGCCAGGUGGCACAGUAUGACAAAGGAACAAUGAGAAGGAUGUGUUCGUUUUUCUGUUGCGUUCUCAUUCAUUCAUCCAACUGUUCAUCCUGAAAUGCAAGGAUACAAAUGGAUAUGCCCUCUUUCACUUUUCCUAGAACGUGUAUUGAGUUGUCAUUCAUACCCUGCCAUGUCCAUUCACGUCAUUACGAUGGAUGUCAUGGUAGCUACAGCGUGCUGCAUGCGAGUUAGGGAUCACACUCUAGGGUGAGCAUGUGUAAGAAGAGAUUGUACCAGAACUUGCUCAAACCCACAUUUAGAAAAAGAUGGCAGAAUAUCCUCCUUCUCGGUCUAGGAGGGAAGAGAAAAAAAAAAAUGAGACAAGGAUAGACGAGCUGCUGUGACUAAGCAUCAUUGGCGAUUACUGAUGACGUAGGCAUCAUUUGGUUCUGCCUCCGUAGCAAUGCUCUGAGUUAGAAUGCUGUUUGUUGUUGCUGAUGCUCUCCUAUAGAGGAGGAAGUUCAGAGAGGGUGGGCAGCAUAGCUAUGACACCCAGCAUGAGACAGAGCUGGGAUUCCAAUCUCAAGUUUGUCACCUCCAGCUUCCUCCUUACUGCUCUUCAACAGCUCUGACUCACUCCUGCAUACCAGCCUUCUCUGCCUGCCAGAGGAGUCAAGUUCAAUUCUGGCCUCGGUGAGAUUAGCCAUGAGUAUGUCAGACUCUACCAGAAAUGCCUAUGUCUGAUCUAGACUAUGAAUGUUCAGUGCACAGGCAAAGCUCGGCUCCAUUUGAAUGCUCUCAGCCAGCUUUGCCUUGAUACCCAAUUCUGAUGUCAAACUCCCAGACGCUGUAGAGCUGACUGCAGUUCCCCUGCCCCCCGGAUGUAGACCCUCCUGUACUCCUCUUCCUCCUCUUCCUUGCAAGUGCAGGCUGUUAAUCCAGAAUUUAACUGUCCCUUUGAGCCAUUUCUCUGACGACUUAGCCCCUGGAGUUGGCGAGAUACAUGAACACUUAUUGAAUAUGGAGUUUUGGGAGUGUCUUGGCCAUCAGAGCUAGGGCCCGUAAUCCCCAUCCAACUUUAAGCUGGAAGAAGUAAUGGGGUCAGGUCCCCACAAGCAAAGAUGCAUAUUAUAGUCAUGUCAGUAACUGAGGUUCAGGUACUGCAACAAAUGCCAGAGCUUAGUCCACAGGGAAGAACGAGGGUGGCUCCCUUGUCACAGACAAAACCCCGUUUACACAGUACCGAUGUCUAUUAGUAUUCUCAAAGUAAAACAGUCCGGUCUUCUGGAGAGCCUGUCUUCACAACUGGCCACAGGCAUCAUUCUGUGUCAGGAUGGAGAAGGGUAAAGCAUCCAAGCUCAGGAGGGGUGGUUCCUCCUUCCGCACCUCCUGGGAAUCAACAUCACAAAGCUGAGAGUCUCCAGGCUUGGCUCCCAAGAUGCUAUUUUGAGCAUCUCUCUGCAGCAGGCUGCAGUAUGGCUUUUGAUUAUUCACGCAUUCACCCGUGUGGAGUGGAGUUGAAUGUGCCAUGCCCGUGCCCUCUUCCAACACAGCCUCACUCCCAGCCAGGCUGUUCCAGGCCAGUGAUGUAAACGUACCAGCUGCUUCAAGAGAGCCAGUCCGAAUCCUGCAGGAGGGGCCCAUCCCUCUCCCAGGCAUUCAUCAGCCUGCUGCCUUCAGCCUAAGCCCUCUUGCCAACCAUGGUGGGUCUCUCCGGUUUCCCACCGCUUUAUCAGAGAUGCCCAGAGCUAAUCCUCUUACAGGCUCAUGAUUUAUAGUAUGCCUUAAUCUACAGGCUCCAAGUCGGGUGCAUUAUUAUCUUCUGAUUGUGGGGAAAUGAAUAGAUUUGCUUAAACAGGCUACACUGGGCUGGCAGGAGGUGGUCAGGAGGAAGGCGGCAGACUGCUCGGAAAAUGAAGGCGCUGCUGCUUCUGGUCCUGCCCUGGCUGAGUCCAGCUAACUACAUUGACAAUGUGGGCAACCUGCACUUCCUGUACUCGGAACUCUGCAAAGGGGCCUCCCACUACGGCCUGACCAAGGACAGGAAAAGGCGCUCUCAAGAUGGCUGUCCUGAUGGUUGCGCCAGCCUCAUGGCAACGACACUCUCCCCAGAGGUUUCUGCAGCCGCCACCAUCUCUUUAAUGACAGAUGAGCCUGGCCUAGACAACCCUGCCUACGUGUCCUCGGUGGAGGAUGGUGAGCCAGUAGCCAACUCCUCAGACUCUGGCCGGAGCAACCGGACUAGGGCACGUCCCUUUGAGCGCUCCACUAUGAGAAGCCGGUCUUUCAAGAAGAUCAACCGAGCUCUAAGUGCUCUCCGGAGGACGAAGAGCGGGAGUGUCGUUGCCAACCACGCUGACCAGGGCAGGGACAACUCUGAGAACACCACUGUCCCUGAAGUCUUCCCAAGGUUGUUUCACCUGAUUCCAGAUGGUGAAAUUACAAGCAUCAAAAUCAUCAGAGCAGAUCCCAGUGAAAGCCUCUCCAUAAGGCUGGUGGGGGGCAGCGAGACGCCACUGGUCCACAUCAUCAUCCAGCAUAUUUAUCGCGAUGGAGUGAUUGCCAGAGAUGGACGACUGCUGCCAGGAGACAUCAUUCUCAAGGUCAACGGCAUGGACAUCAGCAAUGUCCCUCAUAACUAUGCCGUGCGGCUCCUGCGGCAGCCCUGCCGGGUGCUGCGGCUAACGGUGCUGCGGGAGCAGAAGUUCCGUAGCAGAAGCAAUGCGCACGCGCCGGAGUACUUCAGACCUCUGGAUGACAGCGUCCAUGUAAUCCUCAACAAAAGCAGCCCCGAGGAGCAGCUUGGCAUAAAGCUGGUGCGCCGGGUGGAUGAACCCGGCGUGUUCAUCUUCAACGUGCUAAAUGGAGGUGUCGCUGACCGACACGGCCAGCUGGAGGAGAAUGACCGUGUGCUGGCCAUCAACGGGCAUGACCUUCGAUUCGGCAGUCCAGAGAGUGCAGCUCAUCUGAUUCAGGCCAGUGAAAGACGCGUCCAUCUCGUCGUGUCCCGCCAGGUUCGACAGUCCAGCCCAGACAUCUUUCAAGAAGCUGGCUGGAUCAGCAAUGGCCAGCAGUCUCCAGGCCCAGGAGAGAGGAACACAGCUUCUAAGCCUGCAACCACCUGUCAUGAGAAGGUUGUAAGUGUCCGGAAAGACCCCAGCGAAUCUCUCGGCAUGACCGUCGGAGGGGGAGCAUCCCACAGGGAAUGGGACUUGCCCAUCUAUGUCAUCAGUGUCGAACCCGGUGGAGUCAUAAGCAGAGACGGGAGAAUAAAAACAGGUGACAUUUUAUUGAAUGUGAAUGGGAUUGAGCUCACAGAGGUCAGCCGGACAGAGGCCGUUGCCAUACUGAAGAGCACACCCUCCUCAGUGGUACUCAAAGUCUUGGAAGUCAAGGAACAGGAGGCCCAGGAAGACUGCAGCCCAGCAGCCCUGGACUCCAACCACAACGUGACCCCGCCUGGUGACUGGUCCCCAUCCUGGGUCAUGUGGCUGGAAUUACCACAGUACUUAUAUAACUGUAAAGAUGUGAUACUACGAAGGAACACAGCUGGAAGCCUGGGCUUCUGCAUUGUGGGAGGUUAUGAAGAAUACAGUGGGAACAAACCUUUUUUUAUCAAGUCCAUUGUCGAAGGAACACCUGCAUACAAUGAUGGAAGAAUCAGAUGUGGUGACAUUCUUCUCGCUGUCAACGGUAGAAGUACAUCGGGUAUGAUACACGCUUGCUUGGCCAGGAUGCUCAAGGAACUUAAAGGGAGAAUUACUCUGACCAUUGCUUCUUGGCCUGGUACUUUUUUAUAAAAUCAAUGAUGGAUCUUAGAAAAACCACAGAUAGGCUAAGUAAAAUUGUAUUUAUCUUGUCAAUUUUUAUAUUUAAAGAAUAUAUUGUAAAAAAUGCCAGAAAAGUAUGAUAUUAUGAAAAGUUACACCUCAGAGACUGUUCUCAAAAAUAAAAACUAGUGAUAAUUUUUA